UCUAAUGUCCAGAUUACCUCUGAUCUGAUCAACAUGUGGCACCUAAAUAAAAGGCACCUUUAGUCUCUCUGAGGCAUGGAGCAUCAUUGAUCCCCGAAGAGCCCACGGGUGCUACUUAUUAUUCACAGUAAUGGAAUGAAGACACUACCUUUUGAUAUGAUGGAUGAUAGAUCCAGUAAGCUCAUCUUGGUGCCUAUUUUAGCUGUUCUUUUUGUUAUGAUAGGUUACCAGUACAUAUGUCCCGCUGGCAGCAAUUCGUGCCACUUUAAGGCUGGGGAGAAAUUCAGGGGGGUGAGCCUACUUUCCACCCCGUACCAGGACAGCGACGAUUUCUACAGAGAUCAGGACCUGGAGGAUGACAGCCCUCCCAAACUACCGUCCAAAUUCAACUUCACCGAGAGAGACCUUGACAGACACGUGGAGUUCAACAUCAAAGGGGACGACGUGAUCGUGUUUCUGCACAUCCAGAAGACCGGAGGCACCACUUUCGGGAGACACUUGGUGAGGAAUAUUCGCUUGGAGCAGCCGUGCGACUGCAAGCCAGGACAGAAGAAAUGCACAUGUCACCGACCGGGGAAAGAGGAGUCCUGGCUCUUCUCCCGGUUCUCUACUGGCUGGAGCUGCGGACUGCAUGCAGACUGGACCGAGCUAACGAACUGUGUGCCUGUCAUUAUGGAUAAGAAGGAGGCCCAGAGGAAUAAAAGGAACUUCUACUACAUCACCAUGCUGCGAGACCCAGUCUCCCGCUACCUGAGCGAGUGGAAGCACGUCCAGCGCGGAGCCACAUGGAAGACCGCCCUCCAUAUGUGUGACGGACGCUCGCCCACCCAGGACGAGCUGCCCACCUGCUACAGUGGGGAUGACUGGUCCGGUGUCACCCUGACAGAGUUCAUGAACUGCCCGUCCAACCUGGCCAAUAACCGACAGGUCCGCAUGCUGGCUGACCUGAGCUUGGUGGGCUGCUACAACUUGUCCUCUAUGAACGAGAGCCAGCGAAACCACAUCCUUUUGAGCAGCGCCAUGAGCAACCUGAAGAACAUGGCCUUCUACGGCCUGACUGAGUUUCAACGCAAGACGCAGUACCUGUUUGAGCGGACGUUCAGCCUGCGCUUCAUCUCCGCUUUCACGCAGAUCAACAGCACGCGAGCCGCCAACGUGGACCUGAGCGAGCCCGUGCGCAGACGCAUCGAGGAGCUCAACUUUUUGGACGUGCAGUUGUACGAGUACGCAAAGGACCUGUUCCUCCAGCGUUUCCAGUUCACCCGACAGAGGGAGCACCAGGAGGUGCGCUUGAAGAGGCGCGAGGAGAGGCGUUGGCUGAGGGAGCGAAAAGACCAGGGCAGGCCGUGGCCGCCCAAACACAGAGGGGGAGGAAAUGGAGGUGGGAGAAGGGGUGGAGGGUUGGAGAAAGGGACUGACGGUGACUUCCCCACCACCACUGAGGACUACACAAGCCAAGUGGCCCGCUGGUGAGGCUUCGGUCUGAAGGGAGAGAAGCAAGAGAGAGAUUUCUCACAGACUCGUUUAAACCUUUGACUCUCUCUUGCACAUCCUGUGUCUCUCUCUUUUUGUCUCACCAUUAAUCUGUCUCCUGCAUCUGUCUGUUUCUCAGCUUCAGUGUGAUCCGAGUGCUCUGCUGUUUCUUUAUGAAAACUGCCA